GCGGCUUGCUAAUAAAAAAUUCCAGACUUUGAUCCCGAUCGGUGACAUACUGCAGAAAUUUGUUAUAAAUUUGUUUUAAUUUUCUGUUCGCUAUUAAGUCUUGCUCACACAGGUCUGAAAGGAGUAAAAAAGUAUUGUAGAUGUGACUGCAAGCUUUUGCCUUUGUUUAUAUUUUGGGAAUUGAACUAGAGUAUAGUAGUUUUUCGUGAAAUUGCAUUUGUGACUUCGUCGUCUUCUUAUCGAUAGCAUACGAAAAGACAAGCGAUUGCUACAUCAGUUUGUUGUAAGGUUUUUCGCUUAUGAAUUGUGAUGGCGUCGAAAGGAUCUCGAGUAAUUGGGACAGAUGGGAGUGAUUUCUCUCAUCGAGAAACCGUUCCUCGUCGAUAUCAAUUAAGCAUUCAGUACAAGGAUAAACUGCGUCGGACGCUUGUGUUUUUCCAUCUUCCGCUCUGGCUGUUGAUGGUGGUGAAGAUGGCUGACGAUGCGCUGGACCGGCUGGACAUUCUCAUACCGGAUUUAGCCGAACUCUCUGUGCCGAAGCCGAUAUUAUGGGAGUACAUUUGGAUGUUGUCCAUUAUUCCGUCCUGCUUCGCCCUGGCGUCGUUGCCGCGAAAUCGCAUCGGUCUGCUCAACUUGUUCAUUUAUGGUAACAUUCUCUUGGGUAUACUGCCGGUGAUCGGUGGGAUUGUUUAUUAUUUCUGGGAACUGGUCGAGUAUGCGCAAGUGCGCCAUACGAAAAAUCUCUUUCUGGAUUUGCCGGUUGUGGUAUUAUGGAAUAUUUUCUUCUUCUUGGCCCUACAAAUCCACUGCUUCAGUUGGCAUUUUGCCCGUCAACUCAUCAGAUCCUGGGAUAAAGGUUUUAAGUCUCGUUGAAAACUCAGUCUGUUGUCGCUCAUGGUUGGGCUCCUUGUUUUGGAAAAAAUGGUUUUAUUUUUCCCUGAUACAAUGUUAUCUGUGUUUGCUGGUUGUGCCUUGCAUUUAAUUUGGACGAAAGUUUAAAAUUGAAGACACUUUACGUGGAAAACUGAGUAACUCGGUAUAA